GCAGAACAGAAGUAGGAGUUGAGUAGUCAUCAAGUCACAAACAGUCUGAUCUCAUGUUCUGCUGAGACAUACUGCUAUACACAUAGAGCCUGGUGAAAUAUAUUGUAGAAUCCGCCUUAGGUCUCUUACCGAAAGAGGGUUAAAACUUUGCUUACCGGAAGUCAAGGUGGACGGAUGCUGGUGAAUGCCCCAUGGCAGCGGCUACCUCAGUUCAUUCAUCAAGUACAAGCUAUAACUUGGAAGCAUUUUUUAGAAUGAAACGAGGUAGACUGACUGUUACUAUUGACAGCCAAGUUGUUGAAGGACCAAAAAGAAUAAAGAAACAAAAAAAAUAUACUCUGUCACCUAAACUUCAGAAAUCUCAAAUGCAGUCCUGCAUGCUGGACUGGGGAAGUCUGCCGCACCAUGUAGUCUUGCAUAUAUUUCAGUACCUCCCACUGGUUGACAGGGCCCGUGCAUCCUCUGUUUGUCGUCGGUGGAAUGAAGUUUUCCAUAUCCCUGAGCUAUGGAGAAAAUUUGAAUUUGAACUAAACCAGCCGGCUACGUCAUACUUGAAGUCUACUCACCCUGAUCUUAUCCAGCAAAUCAUUAAAAAACAUGCGAACCAUCUUCAGUAUGUCAGUUUCAAGGUUGAUAGCUGCACAGAAUCAGCAGAAGCCGCUUGUGACAUUCUCUCUCAGCUCGUGAACUGUUCCAUUAAAACUCUUGGGUUAAUAUCCACAGCUAAGCCCAGUUUCAUGAAUGUUUCCAAGUCUCACUUCGUAUCUGCACUCACUGUAGUCUUUGUCAACUCAAAGUCGUUGUCUUCAAUAAAGAUUGAUGAUACUCCUGUGGAUGACCCUUCGUUGAAAGUUUUAGUUGCAAACAACAGUGACACCUUGAAGUUAUUGAAAAUGAGCAGCUGUCCUCAUGUAUCACCUGCUGGCAUAUUGUGUGUGGCUGAUCAGUGUCACGGACUUCGAGAACUUGCUCUGAAUUACCAUCUUUUGAGCGAUGAAUUACUCUUGGCCCUUUCCACUGAAAAACAUGUUCGCCUUGAACAUCUUCGCAUUGAUGUAGUCAGUGAAAAUCCAGGACAAACACAAUUUCACACCAUAAAGAAACAAAGCUGGGAUGCCCUUAUCAAGCAUUCUCCAAAAGUCAAUAUCGUCAUGUACUUUUUCCUGUAUGAAGAGGAAUUUGAUGCGUUUUUCCGAGAGGAGACGCCCGUUACUCAUCUGUACUUUGGCAGGGCCGUGAGCAAGGCAAUGCUAGGUCGUAUAGGCAUGAACUGUCCUCGAUUGAUUGAGCUGGUGGUUUGUGCAAAUGGACUUCAGCCUUUGGAUGAUGAGCUAAUUCGAAUAGCUGACCGUUGCAAGAACUUGACUGCCAUUGGCCUUGGAGAGUGUGAAGUGUCUUGCAGUGCAUUUGUUGAAUUUGUAAAGAUGUGUGGAAGGAGACUGACACAGCUGUCUAUUAUGGAGGAAGUACUUAUCCCAGACAACAAGUACAGCCUGGAGCAAAUUCAUUUUGAAGUUUCAAAGCACCUUGGAAGAAUGUGGUUUCCGGAUAUGAUGCCAACUUGGUAGACAAAGGAAUUCUAGGACUUUUCUUACUUUUGCUUGCUAUGCAAUUCUAAGUUACAUAGAUAAAAAGUCAAACAAAAUCAUUUCAAAAACAUUAUGUAUCCCCCCAACAUUAAAUAUCAAGCAGGUUUAUGAGAGAGAAUUGGUGUAAAAUUACACAGCUGCUCUGCAUAGCUUUAUUGUUAUUGUGCCUGGAGAAAUAUGGAUACAAUCAGUUUAUUACUCAUACUGCUAGUAAGCUCUGAGAAUCAUUUAAUAGAUAUGUAGCAAUAUAGAUAUCUUUUAUUAUACUAUGCCAAAAUUCAUUUCAUAGAGGAAAGUGUAGCCUGAAGCUUCAAAGCCUUGAUUUCAAAGCAAGCCACCACCCAAAGGCCACUCAUAUAUUGCACUACUGUAUAUGAUGACAUCAUGUUCAAUAUGAUCUGAUAUAAUAGCACUAUUGCUGUUUUUUACUGCUUAGUGAGCCUACAGAAUACCCAUAAUGGGUACUUAAUCAAAAUGUUUUCAGUUCCUAUUGCUGUAAUACUGUUGAAAAGCACAAAUUCAGUAUAGUAAAGCAAAAAACGAAAACACUACUAAGCAAAAAGACAGAUGAGCAUAGUAUGAAACACAUCAUCAUAAUUCAACGUAGUCCUUGUAAAAAAAUACAUAUUGCUCAUUUUGAGUCACAAUUCCUUUUUAUGUUUAUUUAUACAUUUUUUAUGUUUUAGUCUGCAAUCUCUAUGUUGUUAACACAAAUUAGUUAAAUGGCAUCUGUCAGCAGAUUUGUUUAUGAAACUGGAUGACCCAUUUCAUGUGCGCCUGGCACCUGAAGGUAUCUUUGUUGGUCCCAUGUUCAUAAGUUCCCACAUUGCUGAGAAAAAUGAAGUUUGGUAUAUGCAAAUGAGCCUCUAGGAGCAAUAGGGUGUUGCUGUUACACCUAGAGGCUCAGCUGACCGGCACCUCUGCGCCCUCUGCACUUUGAUAAACAGGGCCAAGCAGUGUAAAUAUCAUAACACCUGGUCUUGUCAAAGAGCAGAAGGCAUGGCAGUUGCAGAGAGAGCUGAGCCUCUAGUAGUAACGGCAAUGCCUCCUGUACUUCUAGAGGCUAAUUUGCAUAUAUUUAAAAAAAUUUAACAGAAUUUUUCUCAGCGACACAGGCACAGUUGACCAACAAAUGCCUUCAGCUGCCAAGCACACAUGUAACAGGUCAGCCAGUUUCAGGUACAAAUCUGCUGACAGAUGCCCUUUAAGGAUAGUAGAAUCUAGCAAUACUGUGAAAAGCACAAAAUAAUUUACCUUUUUUUUGAAUGCCAUGUACCAUAUAUAACUCUGACAAGUGAGUGGAUUGUAAAACCCUAGAUUUAUACUUGUAUGCUUAUUAAAGGGGGUUAAAGCAUAGGUCAUCAAUAUCAAAAUCAGAUUAGAGGGGGUCCAACUCCUGAUCAGCUGGAGCACUGUGGCCUAUUCCUAAGCCAGUGACGUCAUUUUCAUUGGUUACGUGACCUAGGUGCGGUUCAGUCGCUUUCAAGUAAAUGGGACUAAGCUGCAAUACCAAGCACAGCCAAUAUUCAAUGGACGGUGCUGUGAUUGGUAAGCGGCGAGGAGGCUACGGCACUCACCAGAGUGCCGCCUCCUCAAACAGCUGAGGGGAGUGUUAGAUCCCCGUCAAUCUGAUAUUGAUGACCUUUCCUGAGGAUAUCAAAAAUCUUGAAAAAUCCCUUUAAAGACUGUGAUCUAUGCAGCUCUGCUUGGAAAUGCUUAAAAUAACACUUAAGGUCUAUUCAUAUUGGUCCUCGCAUAGAAAAUUGCAACAUGCACUACUUUGGUUCAAUUGUUUGGAAGACUUCCCCAUUGAAGAAAUUAGAGCCAAAAGAAAGGCAGAAGGCACACAGAUGCUGCAUUUGUGAUUCAUUUAAAAUAAUUAAUUUUCAGAAUACAGAUAAGUUUUACAACACACUUCAGAAUAAAAGUGCAUUUACAUGGCCUGAGAAUCGGGCAGAUUAUCAGGAACAACCGAUCCCGACAAUCUGGCCAUGUAAAUGUGCCACGAUCACCUGAUAAACGAUUGAAACGCUUGUUCAUCGGUUGAUCCUGACGUUCAUGCAGGCACCACCAAUCAUGGCUUCUGGGCAGCAGAUUGUGUUGUCUAAACAGUGAUCUGCUGCCUAGAAACAAUGAUUCUGUAUGAAGACGAGCGAUCGCAAUAGCGAUCCCUUGUCCUCAUACAGUGAAGUAGAUCGCAGUGGUCUCCUUCACUGAACGAGCAGCUGUUGGGAAGGAACGCAUCUUUCCCUACAAUCAGCCAUUCAGUUGGCCCGUCUAAAUCCAGCUUGAGAACUAAAUCGAAGAGUAAACAAGAAAUAUAGUUGCCUCCACCGUUUAUCUGUCUACUCCAUUUUCUGCAUGAAAUUGAAACAGCCUUGCUGAAAUCCUUCAGAGAACACAAGGGUUCUCCAGGAAAACACAAACAUAAUAAAAACAUUAACAUUUGGUGGCAUGGACCAUGGCUGCAGCAUCACCAGUCACUUGUAGAACAGCACAAAAUCUAUCCUUGGCUGUUUCACAAUCAACCGCUGAUGUGGUCUCAAAAAUCCUGUCUAGCUUCCUGAGCACUAGGUUCACAUCCAGUCAGCCUGAGCAGGACUGAUGUAUUAUAGACCACCUCUGUGUGUGCCCAUCUGAAGUUACAUUCUAGGACAGUUUUCUGACUAUGUAACAGAACAGCACCCAUUUUUUACUUACCACAGUGAUUAACCUCUAUCAAAUUAGCAUGCUUUGUUAAUAAUCAGGUAUUUAUAAAUUUUUUCCUGUGAUGACUGGCUGGAGGAGUGAAGCUAAGGCUGGUUCCACAUCACUAUUUUGUUAUCCGUUCUUCUGAUCCGACAAGACAGUGAGGAGGAGGCAUAGCUAAAAUCCUGAAACACUGAAAGAUUUCUUUAUUUCCCAGUUUUAAUUGCAAUAUAAGACAAGAUAGAAUCAAAGCAAAGGAAAUAAAGAGAAAAAGCACUGGGACAUGUUUUCAUUUUCUUUGAGUAUCUGCAUGGGAAGUACUCCCUCAGGAAAUUUCCAUAACUCUCUGUAGGCUUAGCUGUAGCUUACCUAGGGAGCAUCACGGUUGUUGAGGGUUAGUUACGCUAGACAAAAGCUGAAAUUUAGCUUAACACUGACUAUUUUACAGUUAAACUUGAGGUACACUUUAAUAUAAAUUAAUAAGAAGUUUGCUUAUAGGCCCCUAAUAUAAAAGAUUAAAAUAAUACUGCAGUAGAUUUUGUGUAGGUAUAUACAA